GAGCCCACUAAUCUUACCUUAGUAAUUAUACCUCAAGUUAUAACGUGGAAGGAGCUUUUAUUUUGACUACAGCCAUGGAUAUAUCUCAGCAAAACCACACUGAAUGUACCUUUGGCAGGGAAAAAGAGCCAAUCUGCAAAAAUAUUUUGAACGAUUUACCAAGGGAGUUUGUAUCAUCCCAGGCAAAAGUGGUUAUUAAAACUACUGAAGAUUACUUGCAACCUCAGUUUGGCCCCAACGGACGUUUGCAUUCAGCGGCAGUAUCAGAAGGGUCGGGACUUCAAGAUUACUCCACACAUCAAACAGUAUCAGAUCAUAGUCGUGAUGAAAUAUCAGACCUAGAUAGCUACAAAUCAAACAGUAAAAACAAUUCUUGUUUUAUAUCAGCAUCCAAGAGAAACAGACCUGUCAGUGCUCCAGAGGGUCAACAGAGAGUUACACCGUUCUCUUCUUUAAAGUUUCAUUCAGCACAAAAUCGUCAUAGAUUGUUGCAAAGACUCAAACAUCAACCAAAAGUGAUUAAAGUAACAGCUUAUAAAAAUGGAUCUAGAACAGUCUUUGCCAGAGUUACUGUACCAACCAUCACCCUGCUGCUGCAGGAAUGCACAGAAAAACUGAAUCUGAACAUGGCUGCACGAAGAGUAUUCUUGGCAGAUGGCACUGAAGCCCUCGAACCUGAAGAUAUACCCCAUGAAGCCGACAUUUAUGUUUCAACAGGAGAGCCCUUUUUAAACCCAUUCAAAAAAAUGAAAGACCAUCUGUUGUUAAUGAAGAAAGUAACUUGGACAAUGAAUGGGCUGAUGCUUCCUACUGAUGUCAAAAGACAGAAAACCAAGCCUGCACUUUCCGUAAGGAUGCAGAAACUUACUGAGAAGCCCUCAAUCCGAAUUCUGUUCUUCAAGAAUGGCAUGGGGAAGAAUGGCCAUGAGAUUGCAGUGGGAAAGGAAACAAUGAAAAAGAUUUUAGAUAUUUGCACAAUGAGAAUGAAUCUAAAUACACCAGCCAAAUAUCUUUAUGAUUUGUAUGGCAGAAAAGUUAAAGAUAUUUCAAAAGUUUCUCUGCUUGAAAAAUGCCUGCAGAAUUCCAUCACACCUUUGCGGGGACCAGUUUGGGUCUCUAAGGGAGAAGGUUUCAGCCCCUCAGGAGCUAAGAUGUACAUUCAAGAAGUUCUUUUGGCCUUGUACCAACGAUUAAAGUCUGCAAAAAUAUAUUAUAAACAGUUGAACCUAGCUGUGGAUGAACAGAAAGAGAAAAUUACUGAAAAAUUUAUUCUCUCAAUGACAGCAAAGGAACACCAAAAGGCACAAGAUGAAGUGAGCAAGCUGAUUGAUGAAUUGCAGACAGCUAUCAAAAGUCACAGAGGUCAUCUCUCUAAACUUGGCCCCCAAUUACAGGCUGAGCGGGAGCAAUUCUCCUCUUAUGUCUAUAAACACAUUAAAAGCCUUCCAGCAAACACUCUUGUCCCGGGAGGCCUGCAGCUCAAGAUAUUUGAAGAUGGUAAAGACUCUGGUGAGAUAACUGUUUGUAUCAGCAAAAAAGAUUUGGGGGCCAAUAGCCUAACUCAACCUUGUGAUAUGAUGCAGAGAUUACUUCUGAAGAUUCAUCAGAGGCUUCAAGUUUCUUCUAGCAACCCAUCAGGCCUCCGUUUUUCUUCAGCCCGGCUUUUCGAUGAGCGUGGUCAAGAAAUCAAAAAUCCUCUUUUGCUGAAAAAUGAGCAGAAAAUUUGGGUCUCUUAUGGUGAAGCAUUCAGAUCUUCACUAACUCCUGUUUUGGGUUUGACCUUUGACCAAGUGGCUGCAUUUGACAAUGGAGGCAUUACAGUUGCAUAUAAAACUUUCUUGGAUCCUAACUCUGUUCUCUUACCUGGAUGUGACAAUUGGGAAGUUUGUGAAGGCUUUCCAAUUAAUUUCAACUCUACCAGUCAGCAGAUACCAGAUCAAUUUGAAAAGCUGGACUUGGAAGACCAUUUCCUGCAGAACAAGGCAGAUCCCAAUAUUGUCCUUCAUGCCUCUGUUUCCAUUGGAAAGCGAAGAGCCUUAAGUAGUGAAGUGAACAACCCAAGUCAAAUAACAUCAUUGACGCUGUGGUCCAUGGCCAGUGUGUGGCUGAUCACCAAGACUGGAAUGAUCUUGAGCCGAGCGAUAACACAGGGCUGCCUAGCUAUUGGCCAUCCAAUCCGAGUCAAGGCCGCCGAGGGAACAUUCCUAGAAGGAUAUAAAUUAAUCCUACAGAAAAGACAUCAAGGAGAUGAUUCUCAGAAGUGGGUGUUUGGAACUGAUGGCUGCAUUUAUUCGAAGGCUUAUCCACAGUUUGUUCUGACCUACCUCGAGGAGCUAAAUGCACACGUGGAUGUGACCCAGACAGAAUAUCACAUUCACCAUGGUACCUGGACCACAGCUCAUCAGGAGCAUGGCACUAGCUUAGCAGAAGAGGCUCAACCAGAUCAUGCCAGUAUUCCUAGUCUGAAACAACAGUCAGAAUCUUCAGGCACCCCUUUGAUUCCAGGAGAAGCAGGAGCUCCUGGGGAGACAGGGCAGCUGGCAGUGGCCCUGGUGAGGAAGCUGGAAAAGAAACAUCCAAAGGCUUCUGCUCAAAGAUGGGCCAUAAAACAUGAAGGAACCAAGAAACCAGGCCAGUGGAAACAUUCUAAAAUUGAAAAUCCCAUGUGGAACAAACUUGCCUACAUGUGGCCAGUCCUUCCGAAUGGCCAACUUAACGAGGAGUUUGAUUGGCCAAUAGAAGGAUUGCUAAUUCCAAACAGUCCUCCCACAAAGAAACCCACCUACAAGACACCAAGGCAUAGUGUUCCUAUACGACUCAGAAUUUUGCAAAAUGGAGAGAAGAACAAAAACAAAGCCCUUCCUAUAAUAGGUCCAGAUGUCUCACCUGAUCGAAAUGUUGACACUGAAAGGAAAGACAAUGUGAAAAAUUUUAUCACUGGUUAUUCUGAAGCAGAAACAAACCAAACUGACUUUCAGCAGCUGUUGGAAAGGUGCACGGAAAUUUUAAAUUUGCCAUCUGCAGCUCGGAGACUGUUCAAUGAAAAGGGGAAGGAAAUCUUUGCCCUUAAAGACCUACAAAGAGAUGAACUGGUAUAUGUUUCAUGUGGAGAGAACUGGAUCAAUCCUGACCUGUCUAUUGCACGGCAAAAGAAGCAAAUCUUCCUGAGGAAUCUCACUUCAGAUAUUUCUAAAAUUCAGGCCUUCUGUUGUAUGCGUAAUAUGGAGGCUCUUGUUUUAGAAGUCCAAAGUGACAUUGUGCCUGGUGCCAAGCUUGCUGUGCAUAAACCCGCAGCAAUUUUCAGAGAAGAGAAGCACAUUAUAGAACCACAGGAAGAGCCAAUGCAAAAAAAUGCUUUAACAACGGAAAAUGCUCCCAGUGAAAUUCUCGAUUCCCAUGCAAGAGCCCAUCUGCGAAUGGAGGCUUGUCACACGCUGCUCAGGUAUGCCUGGCAGGGCGCUUUCCAUGGCUUCGAUGUAGAUGGCAGUCCUCCAAAGAGAAUGGAAGAAGGAUUCUUUGACCGUGAGGAACCACAGAAGAAACACUGCCAAUUGCCAAAGCCAAGUCAAUGGCAGAAGAUUUGCCACCAGCAGUUUGAGUACCGAGACGGGCAGAUUGUAAACCAUGCUUCUCCUCAGCUAGUUGUGGGGGUACAAGGCCCCAAUCUGCGUUCAGGCAUGGAGGUUGUUUUGGUGGAGAAAAAAGCUGAUGACAAUCAUCAAUACUGGAUGCACAAGGAAGGCAGCAGGACCUUUCACCUGGUGAGUAACCCAGACCUUGUGCUGGCAGUAUCAAUGACCAUGGCUAGAAAGCAAGAUGGUGGCUAUCCAGUUAUUGUUCAGAAAUACAAACCACAUAACAAUGGAACUUCCAAUCAAAAGUGGAACUACAUAGAAAAUAAAAAAGCUUUUGAGGCCUUUCAUAGCACUGUACUGGAUAAGGAAAUCACAGCUGCCAAUUAUGCUGGUGUUUGUACAUCUUCUGUGAUUAAAGAAGAAAACAUUGAUCAACCAGGAUACUACUUUCUUUCAACUACUGCUGGAAAGAAAAAAAUAAUGCUCUGUUUGGCUUGUGCACAAUUCGCAAGAGCAGAGAAGGGACUAAAACCGUUACCUCCAGGGGUGUCAUUCCUCUGUGCCUCCGGUUUCAGGACCCAGAAGACCUUCUCAAGAGGGCCUUUUAAGGCUAUCAGUGUGGCCAAGGCUGAUUUAUCUUCUCAUGAGGCUGAGAAAACACUAAGCUAUUAUGAGGAACUACUGUUAUCUUUACGGAUGAAGACCUGCACGCGAACUGUGACGCAGAGUGGCAUGGCAGCUACGCACCAGAAGGCGGUGAAAAUAAUGGCUUACAGAAAUGGAGAUGGAUAUCGAAACGGGAAGUUAAUUGUGGCUAGAACAUUCCCCAUGCUUCUUACAGAAUGUACGAAACAACUUGGUCUUGCUAGAACAGCCUCCAGAAUAUAUACCAAAGAUGGAACCGUGGUCCUUUCUUUGCGUGACUUGGUUCUUUGGGCUCUAGAUGCAUCAUUCAUUCAGAACAAUUCUGAGGAACAAAAAAUACGUGCAGCCACUAUUGGAACAAAAGAGAGAGCCUCUAGCAGUAUGGAAGAAAACCUGAAAAUGAAAGCGAAGAGUACAUUAUUUCCAAAGUUUGCGACAUCUGAUAGUUUUGUUGGUAUCGAUAAGUCUUUGCUCACUCUUAUUCUCAGAAAUCCUAUUGCCAUCUGGGUAUCUUGUGGUGAACCAUUCAUAUCUCCAAAUGCUUUGCAGAAGGCAGAAAAAUUAGAAAAACAGAACUGGCUAAAAAAGGACAAAAUUUUGGCUGAUCUUGAGACCAUGAAACAUAUAAGGAGACAGUUAAAAGGGCGGCGAGUAGCAGCAUGCCAGCCGGCCACCAUGGUCCCCAACAAAAGCCCUGUGCAGCCAGUGGUGGUGGAAGGAGGCUGGACCGAGCAGACUCCAGAGGAAAUUAAACUCCUGGAAUGUAUAAGACACACAGAGGCACACCUCUCUGAAGUCCAAGAAAUGCAGUCCAAGAGAAAUUUUCCAGUUGCAGCUAAGAGUGUCACGUUCAAGCAGAACAAGCUCUAUAAGCAACCCAACAGCAAACGUGUUUGGGUUUAUCUAAAUGGAGGCAGACCUGAAGAUGGCACUUAUGCCUGUGGCAGAACUCUUUCAGAGCUACUAGAUGACUGCUCCUCUCGUCUCAAAAUGUCCCAGCCAGCCAGAACGCUGUACACCCCAGAUGGGGCCCUGAUUCAGUCGUGGGAUGACAUCGAACGAGACAUGGUCAUCUGUGUAUCUAAGGGGCAAGGCUUUAUAACACAAAAAGAGUUAAAGCAACUGGUGGAAAUUCGAGCGAAUUUCUCCAGGAUCAGAAGGCUGCACGGUCUGCAGGCCACAGAAAUUGUGGCAUUGCCAUCCACAAAGCUGCUGUCUCUGGUACAUCUACGUAAAUAAUUUCUAUCAAAAGCAUCAUUUUCAUGCUGUCUCUCACUGGUAUAGCCUAUAUGUAAAUAUCCAUACACAUGCUCUGAUAUUCAUCCUUUUAGUUUUAUGUAGUUUCUUUUCAAAGUGACCCUCUACUUUAUGGAGUGUCAUUUAAUGUCUCAAAUAUAUUAUAGGAAAGACAGCAACACCAAACAAAGUUGGUGUUAGGUCAAUAAAUAGAGCUAAAAGGUAAAUUUUCUGCUAGGAAAAAUUAAAGAAAAGAAAAACACUAAUUUUAAUUGAAAAUGUACAAGGC